AGUAGUGGUAUUAAUGGAAACGAUGCUCUGCCGAAUUGACAUUUGAGAGGGGAUGCCACAGCGAAAUCGGCUGCUGCACCUUUGUUUCCAGAAGUGGAUAAGAUUGAAGGAAGACUGUACAAUCUCAAGGAGGAGGUGUCUCUUCAAGACUCUUAAGCACUGCAAGACACUUGUUGAGCUGGAAAAAGGUGUGGAUGGCUUGUUUGGUAGCUUUGCAAGGUUGGAUUCACGUAUUUCAAGUGUUGGACUUACUGCUGCCAAGAUAGAUCACUUGCAGCUAUGUUGCUGGGGCUGCUUCAAUUGUACAAAAAUUGCGGGAACCACUUGCAUAAAGGGCUGCAUGAUCAUUGGCAGAAGUUCACUUUUAAUCCCAGGUGGUGAGUCUUACAACGAAGGUGCCUGUUUUUAAUGAUGAAAUUUUGAUUCAUCUGCGAACUCAGGUUUAUUCAGCUUAGAAAAGACCGCAAGAGUGCAGAUAGACUUAGUUCCUUGUGGCCAAGCUCGAGUUGAAAUGGAAGUGGAAUACUGAUUUAGAUAUGAUCUUUGAGAUUUCUUGAAUUGUUCAUAGCAAGCUAUUACUAAGCUGAGGGAACUGACUCCUCAAGUUGCAGUAAUUUGGUGGCAGCUAAACCAGUACAAGAUUAAAUUAAUGGCCAGGCAGAUGAGCUCAUCUUUGGACAGUAAAUUGUAGUAGAAUAUAUUUUUGAAUUUCUCUCUUUCGUGGAGUGUAUAUCUUUGAAGGUAUGGAUAAGGCUUUAGCUUAUGUAGUUUCUAUAACUCUUGCUUGUGUGUCAACAAGAAAUUUAUGCCCUGGUGUGCGCCCUUGUAAGUUAUAAAUGAUACUUUUGGGUAUGAAUAAUAA